AUGCUUGUCAGCAUUGUAUUAGUAGCACUAUUGGGAAUCACCUCUUCCUCGCUGGCUGCCAAUGAUGGCACUCUCAACUUGAAAUUGUACAAGAAAACGAGGAAUUUAAGCACUCCCGAGCGACACUUUCGAGCCUUGUUCAAGUACAACUUGCAUGGCAAAGUGCCUCCCUUUAGAAUAAGUGAUGUCCGUCACGCUGUGGAGUUGGAUUCAGUCAACGUUGAUGUCGAGUAUGUGGGAGCUGUGGAAAUAGGCACACCACCCCAAACAUUUGAGAUGGAUUUCGAUACUGGGAGCUCUGAUAUUUGGGUUCCUUCAAGCAAUUGCAGCGUGUGCUCCAAGAAUGGGACGUUCUUAUCAUCCAAAUCCAAAACCUUUUUCCCUGAAGCUGCAACAACAAUGGACAACACAACCAUGAUCAGUGCCAAUGAUACAAACGAUGGCCACAAUUCCUCAUGGACGCUACAAUACGGUGAUGGAUCUACCGUAGAGGGUAAUAAGGGCUAUGACACAAUCACCGUUGGCAACGCCACAGCGAAACACCAGCUAUUUGGAUUGGCCAACAAAGUCUCUCAGCAAUUCAUAGAAGACGAAAGAUUGGAUGGUAUCUUUGGAUUAGGAUUUGCCGGCUUAUCAUUGAUGGGUGCCAAUCAAUCGUUUGUUGAGAAUCUCAAGACACAAGGCAUGAUUCGCGAUGCCGUAGCAUCCUUUUGGCUAAGCAAUUCUUCAAACGGCGGUGAAUUGCUACUCGGUGAUAUCGAUUCCAAGCGAUACGAAGGUGAUCUUACCUAUUUGGAUGUAAGCAAGCCGCCUCGUUAUUGGGAAGUACCCUUUACCGGUGUCAAGGUGGGCAACAGAAGCUAUAUUAGUGGCAUGGAUCCAGGCAACGGCACCGCUAUUGUGGAUACAGGCACCACAUUGAUUAUCUUGCCAUUGACAUUAUCCCAUGCUGUACAUGAACAAAUACCUGGUGCAGUCUACAACAGAACUUAUGGAUGGCAAAUGCCCUGCAAGCCCAACACGACCGAAUCAGUUGGCUUUACGCUAGGUGAUCAUGACUUUCCUAUUCCCCUUCAGAACCUUGUUCGAGAAAAGGUGAAUCCCGAUAAUAGCUCGUUGUGCUAUUCUGGCAUUGCUGAAGCACCUAUGCCAAUGGUCAUCCUUGGUGAUACAUUCAUGCGCACCUAUUAUACGGUGUUUGACUAUGACGCCAAACGCGUUGGAUUUGCAAAGGCCGUAUGA